AUGUCGUUAAGUAAGGGGGUCAGACAAGUGAAGAGCGAGCUAUUGGACGACCAAAAGCAAGAGAUCAGAGAGGCAUUCCAAUUGUUUGAUAUGAACAACGAUGGGUUUUUAGACUACCACGAGUUGAAAGUUGCGCUUCGGGCAUUAGGAUUUGAAGUUACCAAGAAGGAGGUUUUGGACAUAAUUGACGAGUAUGACACCAGUGGGAAGCGGGUGAUCAGCUAUGCCGACUUUUACAGACAUGUCGCUGGGGCCAUGCUUGAGCGGGAUCCUAUAGUAGAGAUAAAAAGGGCGUUUUCUCUCUUCGACGACGACCAUACUGGCAAGAUAUCCAUAAAGAACCUACGGCGGGUUGCCAAAGAACUAGGAGAAACCAUGAGUGACGACGAGUUGGCAGCCAUGAUUGACGAGUUCGAUCUCGAUGGAGACGGCGAGAUCUCUCUUGAAGAGUUUAUCAAUAUCUGUAUGGAGCAGUAG